GCUUGUAGCUUGACAGCGGCUCAGAGUUUUGACGCUUCUCUCUCCUCUGUUGAGUUGGCAGUUUGUUUUUUAAGAUGCUUCCCGCUGCGUUCUCCGUUACAUCGGCAACAUUAUUAUUGUUGCUAAUAUUAAUCGGCCUGACAGAGAGCAAACAAAAAGACUUUUACACGUUUAAGGUGGUAAACAGCAGAGGGAAGCUGGUUUCUUUGGAGAAGUACCGCGGUUCGGUGUCUCUGGUGGUGAACGUCGCCAGCGACUGCGGUUUCACCGACCAGCACUACCGAGACCUGCAGCAGCUGCAGCGGGACUUCGGUCCGUUUCACUUCAACGUCCUGGCUUUCCCCUGCAACCAGUUCGGCCAGCAGGAGCCCGGCAGCGACAAGGAGAUCGACAGUUUCGUGCGAACCGUGUACGGAGUCUCCUUCCCGCUGUUCAGCAAAAUCGCCGUGGUUGGAACAGGAGCCAACAAUGUCUACAAACACCUGGCAGAGGUGUCCGGAAAAGAGCCUGACUGGAACUUCUGGAAGUUCCUCAUCGACGUUGAUGGCAGAGUGGUGGACGGCUGGGGCCCGAAGGUUCCCGUCACGGAGAUCCGGCCGAAGAUCGCCGACAUGGUGCGGCAGAUAAUCCUGAGGAAGAAGGAAGAGCUUUAACUCUCCGUUUCCUCCAUGAACUGAACACAAGUUUUACAUUUCCAGUUUUAUCCGCAGCAGCUCCGGCUACUUUCUGAGUGCACUGAUCCAACACCACUCACUCUUUAAAAAAAAAAAAAUCUGAUGUUUUUAGGAACACUUUUGAACCAAAGAGCUUGUUUUUUAAUAAACUUUCACUGUGAUUCUAA